UAGCAGGGGUCUCUGCACGUUGCUAGGCCUCAGCGCACAGCCUCGCUCUAGCCGCUAAGCAGCCUACCUAUUUUUUCCGAAAGCCCCUCUUCCAUGCCUCCUGAUCUCUUGUGAACAUCAUCUCUCGUGAACAUAAUCUCUCAUGAACAAAGGGAAGUCUUGAAGGUUACAUUAAGCAUGGCGGCCGCGUUGCACUGUCCUUCGAGACCCAAAACGGUGGCAGAGAUCACAUCUCGGCUAGGCAAUUCCGCAUGCGACGAAAAAGAAAAAUCGGCGUUGCGUGCUUUGAUCUCGCAAAUGGUCGGCCGAUUUCGUGACAAGAGCCGUCCAAGUUACUAUGUUGAAGCGUCACGUCUGUCACGAGCCACGACUCAGAAACAAUACCACCACUUGUCACAGGUCUUCUCGCGGGCGAUCGUGGACAACGCCGAAAAGGGUAAUGCACUUGACGGGGAUCUUCUCCCUAGCUUCGUCUUUCUCCUUUGGAAUAAGCCGCAAGGUUACUCGCGCAAUGGGAUUUAUGCGGCAGUCAAUGCAUUGCGUGAGAGGCUGGACUACAAAAUCCGCGAGAAUGCAUUGGAAGCUCAAUACCUUCUGUGCUAUACGCUCGGCGUCUUGCUCGACAUCGCAGUCGAUAUCAAAGCAUCCGAAAUCGACAAAGAUUCCCUACGGGAUCCACUUCUCAAACUACUUGCGGAUUUGAAGGAUCAUGAUGAGCCACGCUUGGCUCAAGCGGCAGCCUACGCGUACGAAGCGCUCAGAGGUAUUUCAGACAAUCAAGGUCCCUGGGAUAUCUUCUGGAGCAACAGUUGGAGGGUCAUUGCAGUGGCUGCAAGAACUGCCGGGGCUGUCUCAACUAUGAACCCAGAAAGGCUACUGGAGGCGGGGCCAGACUUGAUGGAACUUUUGGAAUUCCUGAAAAAAAUCUAUGAUGCGGGCAAAGACCUAGUUGAAGCUAUUAAAGAGAUGGAUGAAGUGUUUGUUGAGAACAUACGAAGACUUCCAAAUCAAAGGCUCUGGUAUGGCAUACUUCGGUACACUAGUAUGCUUAUUAUGGCUGGCGGCAACUCAUUUGACACCCUUGAACACAUAUUACCUAAGGUCCCCUGUUGGGAUAGCUGGCAGUUCUGGUGCGGAUUGUAUGCCCAACUCGAACAAGGCUUCUUGUUGAAAGGUCAACGGGAAAAAAGUCGGAUCAUCCGAGUUGUCAACGUAACAUUCGACCUGAAAUCUUUGCAGGAAAUAAAGGCAAAGAGUUUGCGUGUUCGGCAGUGGAUCAACCUGAUUUCAGAGACGUUUGAUCAAAAAGGAUGGAAACAGUCCUUACCAAGAGCCCGAAAAUCCUUUCCGUUCCGCUUUUUGAAAAAACUAGAGUGCGAACCGCAAGUGAGGAAGCCUUUUGACCCGAAUAUGGCAGCAGCUAUCGGUGGCAGCUUGUUGGAAGAUGCGUGGCACGAGUGCAAGGAGGCGCAAAGGUUCUAUGCCGAUGCCGCGUUGAUGGAAUAUUAUUUGCAACAGGACCGGCUAAAGAUACUACGUCUCUCAAACGACACUCUGGACAUCAAAAAUUGCUACAUUAAUCUUGGAAUUGUCGAACAUUCCCUAGACCGACAACACCAGGAAGCCUUCGAACUACCCCUCCAGAGGCGUCUAAGGGUUGAAGCACCGGGCGAGGGGGAAGCACUUGAAUUACAAGAACUUUUUGAUGCCCGUAAGCUAAGAAGCCACGUUGAUUCUCCCGAUGUCCAGUCAGAAGCUCCAAGACGUAUUCUGAUUAGAGGUCGUGCUGGAGUCGGAAAGACAACGUUAUGCAAGAAGAUCGUUCACGACUUCAUCAAUGCCAACUUUCCCCGGUGGAAGUUUGAACGGGUGCUUUGGAUACCCUUGCGGAAGCUAAAAGACAAGCCUACUCUAGAUCAGUUCCUUUGUCAUGAAACUUGGUCGAAUCACCGCGAGAAAGACCAUUUCAUCUCUGCUCUUCUGGGAACAAUAUAUGAUCAAACAGACAACAAGACUCUUCUGUUGCUGGACGGCUUCGAUGAGAUAGUUGGCGCGAAGACUCCCAGUGGAGAUCUUGUCAAGUCUCAACCGAUCUUGGACCUUCUCAACUACCCGAAUGUCAUCAUUACGUCCAGGCCGCAUGCAGGAUUUGAUAAAUCGAUUCAGGACUUUGAUCUCGAGCUUGAGACGACAGGUUUUCGCUCCGAGCAGGUAGAAGCAUACGUCGACCAGAUUGUGGGCUGCAUUGGCAAGGAUGCAAAAUCUGCAAAGGAGAUCAAGCAUUUCAUCAACAGCCACUGGUUGAUGAAAAGUCUUCUUCAGAUUCCUAUUCAACUGGAUGCGGUAUGCUUUGCUUGGAACGAGAGGCUUCUCUCGCAAAACAUCAGAACCAUGACUUCCUUGUAUCAGGCAAUCGAAGUCAGACUGUGGAAAAAAGACAUGGUACUCAUGGGAAAGCUGAGCGAGAGUGAAGCUGAUAAUAUCUACGUACGGUCUCAAGUCGAACAAGCUAUGCAUGACCAUAUCGAGCUAAUUCAGAAGCUUGCUUUUACUGGCUUAUACAACAACAUUGUUGAAUUCACACAUCAACAUCGAAUAACAACAUAUGCAACAUUGCCUGGCUUGGAAGGUAAAUCGGAUAAUCUACUCAAUGAAGUAUCAUUUCUCCGGAGCUCUCAUUCCGCGGAGACUCACCAACGCCAGAUUUAUCACUUCAUUCACUUGACCUUCCAGGAGUUCUUUGCUGCUCAUUACUUCGUGCACUGCUGGAUGACUGAUACACCGCUCAUAUGUCUUGAACUGGACUCGACCGAGUGUCAUCAUCUGGAUGCAAAACAAUUUAUACACCGCGAGAAGUAUAACGGUCGCUACAAUGUGAUGUGGCGAUUUGUAGCGGGACUUCUCUUUGAAAGCAAGAAUCAAGAAAAACUGACUCAAUUCAUGCAAGUACUAGGCAGCGAGCCAAGGGAUCUCCUUGGACUUGCACAUCCUCGUAUCUUGAUGUAUUGUUUCAAUGAGAUUUUGCUUUCUCCUUCGUGUCGUGCUCUGUGGCAAUUGCAACAAGAAAUGGAUGAGGAGCUGUUGGCAGCUCUGCGGGUAGACAGUUUUAAGUCUUCCUUCGCCUUGAGUACUAAAAUAGAAUUUCCAGAGUACUUACUGGAGCAAGUCAUGGACGACUCAUGCCAUGAGUACUGCAAAAUUAGGGUUCUCUCCGACAUUUCGAGGCGUGCUCGAGUGUCAUCAGCACUCUUACGAAAGGUCAACAGUAUUUUGCACACUAGCGAGAAUAAUGAUGUGAAGCAAAGUGCUUUUAUUGCCCUCCUUGCGCAUAACAAAUUCUGGCAGGAACCCCUCCAAGAGAUCCUUGAGAAUCCAAAGCUGUGGGUGACAGGAAAUCGUAAUUACCUCUUCGAGAGGCCAAUGACGAGAGUGCCGGAAGAAUUUAUCAAUACAUUGUUAGCCUGGAUUGAAGCAAAAGAGACUCUGGUGCCAGAGUUGGUUCGGCUCGUACAACAGCAGUUCAAUCUAGCUAGAACAAGUAUCACGAAGCUUGUAUCGCUGCUAGAUGCGCGUGAGCCACCUUUGAGGGCGUUUGCUGUGGCAACACUCGGGUUCUAUUUAUCUACAAACAUCGAUAUCAUCCCGCAUGUUCUGGCUCUCCGGCAUGAUAGUGAUCUACAGGUGAGGCUUACGGUCAUCCGAGCUUGCUCCGCGCUCUCUGAUAAGCCAUCUGCUCUUGAUACAUUACACAAUGCUCUGAAUGAUGACGAUGCCAAAGUUCUAGAGCUUUCUCCAGAUGCCUUGCGGUCAGAAGAAUCUCUGCCCAUGGAUAUUUUAGACACUGUGGCCUUUCGAAUGAAAGAUGAAAAGGACCCUAUAGUGAAGAUAAGAACAAUGGAAGUAUGGAGCAAACAUUGGGCCCGCCCAGCGGACAUCGUGGAAACUGCCGUUCUAAUCCUGGAUGACGACGGGAACUCCUGGAAUAUUAGGGUUGCGGCAGCUGAAGUCAUUGGCCGUCAAAAGCUUCCUGAGUCUCGAGUGCGCUCUUUCGUGUCUAUGCUCGAACAUGCCGAGUCGGAAAAACGAGAUCUAGUGCUUCUCAUUCUCGGGGAAUAUUCCAAACACUCCACGCUCCCAGAUGAAGCUUUCAAGGCCUUCCUUGAGAUCUGGAGCCACACUGAUGAUUCCGGAAGGGGCCUCAUGCAAAGCAUGCUUCAAGAUGACCAUGACCUGAGUGACGACGUUCUGAAAUCUUUGGUCUCUUUUCUGGGUGAUUCGGAUCAAAAGCUUCGAAGGCUAGCGUGUCGGGUAUUUGUCGCACAGUCCCGGCUGCCAAAGUUCGCCACGGUCGCCAUCUCGGCUCUGUUGCCCGACCCGGAUUUGAAACACGAAUACACGACGACCCUUGCGCUGGAGGCCCUGUGUAGGGAUCCGGAACUGCCGGAAGGUAUUCUCCAGGUCGUGGUUCAGACUCUGGAGGCUUCGCAAUCAUGGGAUAACGUGCGUGUUGCUGCGGUUUGUCUCAGAGCACAAAGGCAUCUCAGCCAAGGGCUCUCGCAAGCCAUACUAUCAGCCCUCACAUGGUCCACGGCAUCACAUGUGGAGAAGGUGAUUCGCAAGCGUGAUGAAUUUAGCACGGUGCUGCCGAACCUCGAUGGCGAGCGUUGGGAGAUGUUGUUCGAGAUCUGGAUGAAGAAAAGCCUGUACACCGACUUUUCUUGUGUUCUUCAGGGAGAGGAACUUCGGCUUACCACUCCGGGGCGUGCUUUAAGCGUCUACUUGUCAACUCCUCUACAGCGGGAGACUGUCAGAAAUGCAGCGCAGGCUGCUCGAGCGCGGGUACUGGGUGGCUCUGGCUUGGUGCAGGAGUAGGCUCUUAGCGAUCUAGGUGGUGAUGUUGACUUAGUACCAAUUUUGCACGGCUGCAUGACUCGAUUGAAGACUACACCGUAGGCGAUUGGAUACAUAGCCAUGGUCUUUCAGCAGACUGCGCAUGCUGUCAACCGGUGCAAUUCACAAAUCUCGCCAUAACCUCUUGAUUACACGCGAGAUGACAAUCCGGGCUUUGCCAUCCUCGGUCUCGCUUGCGUCGCGCUAUCUCGGAAGGGUCAAGCUCUUGUGAGUCAAGAAUGAGUUACCGGUGCGGUCAUUUUCGGGAUUGGACUGAUAGUGUCACAUACACUGGGAAGAAGUUGCCGGUGUCACGGUAGUCGUCCGCACUACAAACAGCUACUGCAUCACACACGUCCACUACCUGCGCAUAUCUACUUUUUCAGACCAAGACUGCUGUACAAGCUCAUUGAA